UCCCCUACCACGAGAUCGAGGGACACAUGUGCGACAUCAACAUCCUUGUCCAUCACGAGCUCGCCGUUCGUGACUAUGGAGAGUGCAUCAUCGACACAAGUGCCCUUGUGUGUUCUGAAUGCCGGCUUCCUCUCCGACCUCCCAUUUUCAGGCAUCUGCUACCAUCGUGGUGAUAUCGCCAACUACCGUCACUGCCACGAGCUCGACUACAUGGUCAAAGGUAUCUCGGUGGAAUGUGAGGCUUGCAAAGAAUACCUUCCAUUCUCUACCUUGGCUUUACACCAGCUGGAUGAUUGCUCAUUCAGGCAGACAUUGCCAAAGAUUGCCCCAGGCAUGCCUCCCAUGUUUAACCUCAGGAUUAGCCCCUCCAUCAGGCCUCAGGCUCUAUCCUCUAUCAACACACGCAAGUAGAAGCUUUGUUGUGUAAUAUUGACAUUGGCGACACUUGGGAUCACACAAAGGUGAAUAACGU